UCUCCCCUGUUGGGCAUGGCCUUAAAAGUUCAACUUGUGCCGGGAACUGAAGUUGCCGUGGCACCCAAAAAACGUAAAGAGAAAUUUCAAGACGUGCAAAAGCAAGGUUCAUUGAAGGAACAGGUCGAAACAAAGGCACUCUUGCGUGUUCAAGCAGCAGAUAGAAAGUAUGCACAUAAAUUUAAAUCUAAGGGCAUCGAGCUGGGGGUGGUUCUGAGCUAUGCUGUGCUGAUACAUCCAGAUACAGCUGCAAGGACUUCAUUUGGUAAUCUGCAGUUGGUCACUAUUUCAUCUAAAUCAUUGUCUAAGGGGCUUACUGAACAAGGCAAAGAAGCUGCACAAAAGAAGGGUGUUUCAGUACCCAAAAGGACCCGAGAAGUAGUUGUCUAUGUCUUAUUCUCAGACUCUGUUGCUAAAGGACAUGUUAUGCUUCCCUACUCUAUUCGUCACUUUAUAAGUGCAGACACACAUUCAUGGGUUUAUGUGACGAAAUACACUGCUAAUGUCAAGAAGGAUGAGCCUAUAAUGAAAAUGUGUCCUUUACAUUUCAAUAUGCACGAAAAAUAUGUGCAUGAUAACAGCGAUUUAGGCGGUCAUGAAAAGGACACUUGGAGGAACACCAGUAUUCCUUCAGAAAAUAGCAAUUUCUUUCAGAAAGCUCCUAACAAUGAGCAUCUUCUGAGUGCAGAUGCUGAUAGUAUUUCUGAAUCCAUGUCAGAACAGAAGGCACUUAUUAAGCAUUGGCUUAUUGGGCAACUUAAAGAAAUGGCCUUUCAUGCUGAAAAUUCUGAGAUAAUUUCAGUAGUUUUACCAGCCAAAGUUUUGAUCCAUUUUGAAGUGGUAGAUGGGAAACUAAGAAAAGGAGAUGAUUUUCUCUACCUGUUAACAACUACUUUUGAAAACCCUGGUUACAACAAUUCACAAGGCAAUGUUGAGAUUACUUGGAAAGCCCCAACUGAUGAUUUAGAAAACUUGGAAUUGAAUUUCGGGAGGUUGGAGCUGGGUGAAGCUUUAUCAUUUGAUUCUGUAGUGGACGAUGGCUUCGACAAUGAUUUUAAGCUGACUCGAUCUUCGUUAGGUUGGAUGGAGAAUGCAAUGUCGGAUGUGACAAAAAGACUAUCCGUGCUCGUGUCUUCAACUGCUCUGAGGUUAUUUAACAGGCUAAAGCUUCCCUUUCCUGGACAUGUUCUUGUCCAUGGGCCUCGAGGUUCUGGGAAAACUGCUUUGACACGGGCUGCUGCAAAAUACUUUGAAGACCAUCAAGAGAUACUAGCACACAUAAUAUACAUGGAUUGUUCCAAACUUGCAAUUGGCAAGGCUAAGGAGACAAGGCAAACAGUUGAAGAGAGCAUUUCUGAAGCUUUGCUUCAUUCACCUUCUAUCAUCAUAUUUGAUGAUCUAGACAAUGUAAUUUCAGUGUCUUCAGAUCCUCAAGUAUCCCAAUCGUCCAGUUCUUCUGAUUCGCUAGUAAGAUACUUGACUGACAUCCUGGACGAGUACAAGGAUAAAAGUCGUAAUGCAUGUGGAUAUGGACCUAUUGCACUGAUGGCUUCAGUUCAAUCACUUCAGAGUCUUCCUCAAGAGCUGACAUCAUCUGGGAGAUUUGAUUUCCACGUUGAACUCCGUGCUCUUGCCAUCCCUGAGCGUGAAGCACUAUUGAAACAUCAAGUUGAGGAGCAUAAGUUACAGUGUUCUGAGGAAAUUAUUUCAGAGAUAGCGUUGAAAUGUGAUGGCUAUGAUGCAUAUGACUUGGGAAUUCUGGUUGAUAGGGCUGUGCACGCUGCUGCCUCUCGCUUUGUCCUUCCUUCUGCCUGUUUGAACUCUGUAAACCCAACGCUGGUGAAGGAAGACUUCUUGAAAGCGCUGCAUGACUUCCUUCCUGUUGCCAUGCGUGAUCUUAGGAAAUAUGCUCCUGAUGGUAAUAAUGGUGGUUGGGAAGAUGUUGGAGGGCUUAAUGAAGCAGUAACUAUUAUUAAAGAGACUCUUGAAUUGCCAUCAAAAUACCCAAACGUCUUUACUAAGGCACCUGUACGGAUGCGGUCGAACAUCCUCCUCUAUGGACCACCUGGAUGCGGUAAAACACAUAUUGUGAGGGUUGCAGCUGCAGCUUGUUCUCUGCGGUUCAUUUCAGUCAAGGGUCCAGAGCUGUUGAAUAAGUACAUUGGUUCUUCUGAGCAAUCUGUUCGUGACUUUUUUGCAAAGGCUGCUGCGGCAGCACCAUGCUUACUAUUUUUUGAUGAAUUUGACUCCAUUGCACCCCAACGAGGAACACAUAGUGCAGGAGUUUCUGAUCGUGUUGUCAAUCAGUUCUUAACUGAACUAGAUGGUGUGGAAACCUUGACUGGAGUAUUUGUAUUUGCUGCUACAAGCAAACCACAAUUAAUUGAUGCGGCACUCUUGCGCCCUGGAAGAUUCGAUCGUCUUGUCUUUUGUGAUUUUCCUCGAUGGGAUGAGCGUGUAGAAAUUCUGAAAGUGCACUCUAGGACGGUUUCACUGGCAAGUGAUGCCAGUUUGGAAGACGUUGCUUCCUUGACUGAAGGAUUUACUGGUGCUGAUCUCGCGGCUAUUCUAACAGAUGCUGGGUUGGCAGCGGUUCAUGAAGUUCUGGACAGCAGGCAGGACGGUAUCCCGGAAAGAGAACCAUGUAUCAGCAAAGAACUUCUCAUGUCUGUUGCUAUGAAGGCUAGACCUUCUACACCAGCUGAUGAUAAGUCGGGGUACGAUAAGGAGUUUGGCGAAUUUGUGUCGUCCAGGAAGUCCCUUUCCACGAAGGCUAGAGAGUCGAAAGGCAAGAAGGUGACGCUGGCUUGACUACCUCCUUCAAGAUUGACAACUAACUACAUGGGACAAAUAAGGUCACCUGCAUGCUUUGAUCUGCAUUGCUCCUAAAAGAAAAUCCAUGCUAAUAUGAAAUCCCCGAACAUUUGGAUGGACAUUGGGUUUCCUCUGAAUGCAGAUGUUUGGUCUAGUUUCUCUGAUGUCCAGAUGGCGCGGAACAAAAGAACCCGGCUAAGGCUAGCUUAUUUUGUACUACCACAGAAGAGGAAGGGAUCUGCACAAAAUUCUGAAUCGAGAGUGAAGGUGUUGCCAUCUACCGUGGAUAUGCGACACUGUACCUACCAGUGUGUCCUAGUUUUUCUAAUCGAAUUAAGAGCGUCCCCGCGUAGGGAAGACACGUGCCAACGGGGAGGUCCUGGUUUUGGUGGUUUGACUCUUGGCUAUGUUUGUUUUGAGGAGGUACCGAUCCGCUUCCCUUGUGAAUAAAGACAAUAAGUGGGAUUUUGUGUUGCUACUGCUGAAUAAGCGCCACAGCAAGGGAUACUAUGGCCUGCAGAUUGAUUUCAGCAUAAGAUAGGUUUACACAAAUUCCAAACUAGUUGCAUAAUAUAUAGACAAUGCAAAAGAAAAACUGUUGUAUAAACAUCAAUUUUCUGAUAUGUUUCCCCACAACAAUUUUAUGUGAUAGAAAACUAGGAAGCAUUCUUUGUUCAAUGGGAAUUUGGCAUAACAUUGUUUCUCAA